AUGCCCAUCCGGUCUCAGUAUUACGCCUCUCUCGACCGGCGUCUCCAGGAAUCGAUAUCCCAAAUCAACCAAGUUAGGGAACUAUGCCAGGUCCCGUCCGUCUCCUUCGGUGUGGUCCACGAAGGCAAGGUGUUAUUGCGACAGAGUGUUGGAUACCGAGACGCCGAGCAGAGGUUUGAGUCUGAUGCCGACACAAUCUAUAUGCUCGGUUCCUGUUCCAAGAUGUUCACCUCUGCCGCCGUCGCGAUCUUGGUCCACGAAGGGAAACUGCAGUGGCAGGAUCCGAUUCAGAAAUACCUUCCGGAAUUUAAUCCAGUUGGCGAUCCUGAAAUUGGCCAGAAUGCAGACCUCAUUGAUGUUCUCCGCCACUCGACAGGAGUAGCCUCUCCGGGGGCACUCUUCUUCGGGCCACGCGGGUCAAUUCUUGCUAGCGAAGAGGAUGUUAUCAAACUUCUGAACAUGAUGCCCACAACCAACAAGGACGGCCAGAAAUUUAAUCGCCACUGGGAAUAUAAUAAUUUCACAUACGGGCUGAUGGCCAAGGUGGUUGAAAAGGUGACGGGCCAACGAUUUACAGAAUUUCUUCGGGAACGCAUUCUAAACCCGCUUGGCAUGACGAGGACGGCUCUGACGAGGGCGGACAUCGCGGAUGAUGACAAUGUUGCUGUUCCAUGUGCGACUCUCGAUAAUGGAAAAUUCGUCCAGUUGGACUCCGAGUCAUGGCCGUGCGAGGAUCAUCCACCAUUACUGGCAGCGACGGGGAUGCGGAGUAGUCUCAAUGACAUGCUCAACUGGUGCAUUGCGGUGCUUUCUGCGGAAAGAAGAGAAACUCAUUCCCAGUGCAAGGGGAUGGAUGAGCCAAGUCCCAUUUCAAACAUGGUCUUGCCUGAUACACAAACCAAUCUGCGGAACAACCCUUUAAGGCAGAUGAAUCGCGUCCGCCGCGGCUACUGGACUCGACCGGCCGACGACCCAUCCUUUAGCAAGAACGCUGCUUAUUGCAUGGGAUGGGUACGUAUGGAGCUCCCUUCUUCAAUGCUGGGAGCCUUCAGCGGCAAUUACCAUUCUCGGGCGGAAGACCACCAGAUGCAUCUAAAACACAUUUUGGGAAUGAAAUCCCAUCCCUUUCUGGCGAUAGGACAUACCGGCGGCAUGCCUGGAUCAAUAGCGACAGUGUGGACAUUUCCCGAUACCCAAAGCGCGGUUGUGACCAUGACCAAUGGCCGCAGCUUUGGAGAUGCGAGUGACUUCGCAGCACAAAUCUUGAUCCAAGCACUGUUUGAUCUGGCCCCACGGAUUGAUCUGUCUCCCUGGAUGAAGAUGGAGGCAGACUUAGCACGAAGGUUCUUCUACGAGGACCUUCUGAAACCAUGGAAGGAGAACCAACGGCUCAGUGAUGCAAAACGGGACCCAAUGAUCUAUGUGGGAGAGUAUUGUGGUUUUGAUGGCCUAUUCACUUUGAGUAUUAUUGCGGACAUGGCGCCGGGCGAUUCUGAUGGCGAACUGGCUGUAGUAUUCAACCACCGCCAGGCCUCAAGGCGACCCCUAAUAUUCUACCGGAAAGAUACCUACAGUUUCUUCUUUGAAGAUUGGAACAACCAUGUGGUCUAUUCAGUUGGUGUAAAGGACUACAGACAGACUCUCCUGGAGUUCGAAAUUGACUAUGCAGCGGAGCAAGUUACUGGACUCUGGUGGCGGUGGUCAGGGGAUACGGAUGAAAAGCCAGCCUGGCUAAGGAGAGUUAGUAGAUAA